AUGUUUUGUCACGCGCGAAGAUGUGAUUGCUGGGCCGGAUGGGGUGGGGCCGAUUGUUCGGAACGCAUGUGCGCGACUGGAAUUGCGUGGAGUGACCGGGCAACGGCCACCGAUACUGCUCAUGGCGUCGUGGAGUGCUCCAACCGUGGCGAAUGCGAUCGUGCCGCGGGGAGGUGCAAAUGCAUGACUGGGUUCUCCGGGGCCGCGUGCGAAAGGAGCAACUGCCCGCGAGGUUGCUCUGGCCAUGGCCACUGCAGGAGUUUGUCCGACUAUGCGCAAGACUACCGGGGCGACGAUUCCAUCCAGUACCUGUACGAUGACGUGAGAAAAUCCCGACUCGGAAACUUGCACAACAGCAUUUGGGCGCUGCUUCUUCGAUUUUGCUGCCAGGUUUGGGAUAGUGAUAAGCUUCACACUUGCGUUUGCGACACCGGCUAUCACGGGUUCGACUGCGCCUUGCGUAGCUGUCCGACAGGAGACGAUCCACUCACGACUGGUCAAGUCAACGAAAUUCAACUUGUUGUAUGCGAGGCUACCGCGGGCUCAUUUGUGCUGUACUACGAAGGCUAUCCCACGACAGAUAUAUUGUAUGACGCCAGCGAGGCGGAUAUCGAGUCUGCCUUAUCGGCCAUUCCAGAUAUCCAGGGUGUAAACGUUAAAUUUUCAAUCCCUUUCAGUGGGGCUUGUAGCUCCACCGCCAUCAACGUCAUUCAGGUGGAGUUCUUGGGCAACUUCGGUCCCCUUCGGCCAAUGUGGUCGUUCAACGCUCUCACUGCAGGCUCCGUAACGACCCUCACCAUCGUUGCAGACGGCAGCUCAAUCUACGAUUCAGACGUGAUCGGGUACGUUCGACACACAGGAGGAUUUCGUAGGCCGGUGAAGUACCAUGACAAAGGCAUGCUGCAUACCUGCAACGUCUACCUUGGCUGCGUGCUAACACCUCGGGAACAGGCGCUCACGCCGUAUUUUCACCUACUCUUCAACAGUAGUAGGCUGACGUGUUUGUCCUGCCGGGCAACGUCCUUCACGACUCCUUCUCACUGGAAUAGGUAUACCUCUGUCAAGGGGACCAAGGAGAACGAAGAAUGUUCCAAUCGAGGAAUAUGCGAUACCCAAGAGGGCAUUUGCGAGUGUUUCACCUCAAACGACGACAUUUUUGCUAGCAGUGACGGGUACAACGGCCCGGGAACACGCGGAGAUUGUGGAUACCAGGUUACUACCACGGCUGGAUGUCCGGGAGAGAUCGCAUGCAGCAGUCAUGGCACCUGCGACGAGAGCGAUUUCACGUGCGAUUGCAACGAUGGUUGGACCGCCGGAGACUGCUCCUUGCGCGCUUGUCCGUAUGGCUGGAGCUGGUUCAGCUACCCGAGUGCUGAAGACAAGGCUCACGAUAAGCGCGCCGAAUGCUCUGAUGGUGGAUAUUGUAACCGCGAGACCGGAGCUUGCGAAUGUGCAGAUCUGUUUCACGGUGCUGCUUGCGAGUAUAUGAUAUGUCCAGGGGGCACCACGGACGCGUGUCAUGGCCACGGGCGGUGUAUGACAAUGGCCGAACUGGCCACGUUUGCUGAAGACAACGGUGAUGCUACGGACUACACAUACGGGGAGGAUCCUAAUGAAGGCUCUACAUGGGAUGCACACCGAAUAUUCGGGUGA